AAGAUGCGAUACUUGCUAGUGAUCAGUUUGGGAAUUGUGAGCUUUGCAAGAGCGUUUCCAAAUGUGGAAGAUAACCCUAAGGCUGAAAUUCCUGAAGAGGACAAGAUUCUGAUUAGGAACCUAGCUGAACAUGGAUCAGCUUUCAUGGUUGCGUCGAUGGUGACACCACAAAAGGUUAUGGAGGAUGUUGUACAAUCAAUACUGGACACUAAAAAAGCUGAUAAGCAUGUACUUGAUUUCCUGCAGUAUCGAGUGGAUAGGAUGAAUGGUACGGCAAGCGUUAACGACAAAUAUGAAGUUCUUAAUCCCGAUUAUAUGCGCGAUCUCUGGAAUAUAUUUCACAUUUAUGCGAAGCCCAAAUAUCUGGAAAAACGAAUCCUUUUCAAUUUUUGGACUAAUGGGCAAUUCGACAACUUAAUAGCCGAUUAUAAUAAGACCGUAGAUGACCUGCUAAAAUUGUUUUUUAUAGCUGCAAAAACGACUAACAGAGACUACAAAGAAUUUGCACAGGGAAUCCUUUGAGAAACUUAAAAAUGCAAUGGACGAGCACGACAUGUUUAAUGCCGCAAUGCGUUUGUAUAGUGAUUUGUCAUAUAGUUCAAUUUUGUAGUUCACUUUUUAGGUCUAUUCCUAAUUUGAAUGGUUUUCAAGCUAUCCGCACACAAAUUGUAGACUCUUUUGAUAAAUAUUUUAAACUGGUUUGCUUACUUUAAAGUAUGAUAUCAGACUUUAGAAAUGAUUUUAGAUAUAUUUUUUAAUUAAUUAA